AUGGAGAAAGAAAAGCCGUUUAAACUGUUCGUGCCGCCGCGCCUAAGCGGUGGGCAGGUGUCUGCAGUCAAACCCCAGACGAACACCCGGGCAACGGGGCUGCGUCAGGGUUUUAACAAGUGCCCAGAUGAUGAUUUUAAUUUGCCAUUUGUAAUAAUGAGUACACCGAACCAUGGUGAAAUCACUGAUUCAGAUGUGAUUUCACAGCAAGGAAAACUUUGCUCUGAGGCAGAUGAAGAGACUGUAGAAUCAAUGAAUGAAUUGUAUUCAAAACUCUACAAAGAGGCUGAGAAGAUCAAGCGGUGGAAACUAACUGUAGAAUCAGAAUUAAAGCAGAAAGAAAGAAAACUACAAGAAAAUAGAAAGAUUAUUGAAGCACAGCGUAAAGCCAUUCAAGAGUUGCAGUUUGAAAAUGAAAAACUAAGUUUAAAACUGGAAGAUGAGAUAGGUGAAAAUAAAGAUCUCUUAAAAGAAAAUAGUGCUUCCAGGCAUCUGUGUAAUCUGCUCAAGGAAACCUGUACACACUUCACAGAGAAGUCCACCAAAUAUGAACAUGAAAGAGAAGAAACAAGACGACUCUAUGUGGAACUUAAUAACAAUGUUGAGAGAAUGAUAAUGGCAUUUGAAGAGCUUCGUGUGCAAGCAGAGAAUAACAGAUUGGAAAUGUCUUUUAAACUAAAAGAAGAAGCAGAAAAAGUGGAGAAGUUUGAAAAAGAAUGCAAACUGGAAAUCAGUAUGAAAGAGAAGAAGAUUUCAGUUCUUACUGUACAGAGUGAUGAAAAAGAUCAUAUAAUAAGAGCCAUCAAGACUCAGCUGCAGGAAUCAAAAAAUAAGAUUGCUGAUUUAGUAGAAGAAAAAAGAUACGAAGGAGAAAUGCUAAAGGAAUCCCAGAUCAGUCAAGAACUCUUGAGGGAAAAACUAGAAGAGGCCAAAGUUUCAUUGCAAAAAAAAGAGGUUACUCAAAAGAGCUUAGAAACCGAACUGCAGUCUGCAAUGCAAGCAUUAAUUCAGGUCACCAGAGAAAAAGAAGCACAGGUGGAAGAAUGUGAAAAAACUAAGGCUAUGCAUGCAUCCAUGAUAAAGGAGUUUGAGACUUCCAUUUCCAAUUUGAAAAGCUUGCUGCAGGAAGAGCAAAAUAGAUUGAAGAAGUCUGAAGAUGAGGCAAAGCUACUUGCCAUGGAGCUCAGAAAUAAGUCUGCUGAACUGGAAGAGAUGACUAAACUAAAAUGUGACAAAGAAAUGCAACUUGAAGAGCUGUCAGAAACACUGGGAAAAGUUGAAGGACUUCUUGUGAAGAAGGCAGAUCUUGAGGCUACGAUAGAAAAUUUGCAGGAGAGAGAAAAAGAAAUGAAAAAUGUUCUCCAAAUCAGAGAGCAAGAAAUCCAUGAUUUGAAAGUACAACUGACUACUACAGCUGAAAAGGAACAAAAUUACUUAAAUCAGCUUACAACACUAAAUACAGACCUUGAAAAAGAGGCGCUAAAAAAUGAAGAAUUAACAGUGUAUAUCAAUCAGCUUUUAUUAGAAAAGGAACACAUAGCACAAGAGAAAAGUGGUAUGGCUACAGAACUCAAGAAACUGCAAGAAAGUAAUGAGGAUAAUAGAAAAAAAGAAGAAAAUACAAAACAGUUAGUUGAAAAUCUGGAAGAAGAAAAUGGCCAGCUAAGAAAUGAACUGGAAUCUUUGAAGGAGAAGAUGGCAAAGAAAAGUGAAGAGAGUAAAAGUAAACUGGAUGAAAGAGAAGAAAAUGCAAAGAAUAUUGAAAGUGAGAUUUUAAGAAAGGAAAAGCAGUUGAAGAUUCUAGAAAACAGGUCCAAUAAUUUAAAGAAACAGGUGGAAAAUAAAACCAAAUGCAUUGAAGAGUUGCAACAGGAGAAUAAGGUGCUGAAAAAGAAAAUUACUGCAGAGAGCAAGAAAGCAAGUGUUUAUGAAGGGAAGGUGAGUAAAUUACAGCUAGAGAUGGAAAAUAUGAGCAAGCAACAUAAGGAAACAGUUGACAUCUAUCUAAAAGACAUUGAAACGAAAAAUGAAAAUGAAAAUAAACUUCUGGAAGAGGUAGAAAAGAUGAGGUUGCUUGCUGAUGAGGCAACAGUUGCACAAAAAGAAAUUGAUAUCCGAUGUCAGCACAAGAUAACUGAAAUGGUGGCACUUAUGGAAAAACACAAGCAUGAAUAUGAUAAAAUGGUUGAAGAAAAAGAUGCAGAGUUGAAACUUUAUAAAAUAAAAGAGCAAGAGCAGUUAUCAUCAAAAAGAUCAUUGGAAAUUGAGCUGUCAUGUUUGAAAAGUGAACUGUCAGCCCUUAAGGAACAACUUAAAGCAGAAAUUGAAGAGAAGGAGAAGCUUGCAAAAGAACUUCCCCAAAAUAUGGUUCCUGAAAGUGAAAAAAAGCACAAGAAAGUACAGACUUACUUUCCUGAGAUUCCUAAACCUCAUUUAGAUCUGGACUCUGAAUCUAUUAAUGUAAGACAUAAAAAUACCCCAAAUGAUACUCCUAUGAAAUUCAACAUGAUGGGAAAGAAAAAAAUGCCUCCUUCAGUAUCUGAAGAAAAUGCCUUGAGGAGUCCUUUGUUAAAGACUUAUAUUAUAAAGACUCCUCCAAUACAUAAACUGCAAAGUGAAAGCACAAAUCUGCAUUCAGAUCAGUGCAUGAGGAAAAAGCAAAAAGUGCUUCUACAGCUGGAUGCUCAGUCAGAUAGCUCUGACCGCAGUGACCUCCUGAGCAUAGUCUCAGAGGAAGAAACGUUUAAAAAAUUGUACAAAGAUUAUCCUCAAGCUUCACAAUUCUAUGCCACAACACCAAAAAAGAAGCCACCUACACCAAGUGUAAAAACUCCAGGCUCUGUACUGAAACUUUCAACCAUGAGAAAAAUGCGUGAGGCUGGAUGGACUGCAGUUUCUAAAAUGGACAGGAAAAGAAAAAUUAAAGAAGCUGAAAAACUCUUUACUUAA